CACACCGUCAUUACCGUACAGCACGCCCAGAUUGGCGAGGUAAUUGUCUUGCAGCAUCUCAUGAUGAUGACAAACAAUUAAGCAACACGAGCGCGCCGUAUAUCCACGUCGCGGCUUUCGUGAACAUGGUAGCCGUGACAAUACAGCCAAUGUUAUAAGUAGCACAGCCAUGAAAACAGAAGCCGCCGCCCGUAUUUCCGGGACACCCGGUAUUACGUCGGGAAGAAGGGGGAGGCUAUCCCGGGCAUCACUAUGUAUUGUUGUGGGAUGUGUAUUCUUGGUGAUGAUGGGCGGGGCUUACGCCACGUUGGGAUACUACCGCACGUAUACUGUUUACGGAACGGGUGAUAACAUUAUCAGUACAUUCUGCGCCCACGGUGGCCCCGGUCCCGGACAUCCUUGGCGGAAAUGGAAUGUAGAAUGCCUCGAUGGGGAGGCCGUCAUCGGGAUACUGGAUUCAUUGAGUGACUAUCAGAAUAUUGGCAAUGUGUGGUGCAAGUACAUGUUUCCUUAUAAACCGCCCACCAACGGCAUUUAUCCUUAUUAUCCCAAUUGUUUCUCCAAGAACAUGACCUUCCAGUUCUUCUGCUACACACCAAAAUACCAUGAUGCGUCGGUGGACAGCUUUAUUGUUGGUUUUUAUGACGAUGACUUCUCCUUCAACAUCUACCGGAAGACGCUGGAUGAUCCGUCACCGUAUAAAUGCUGUAAAGCACCGACGGGAUACUACAUCGAUUAUUCCUCCUGUUACUAUUUCCCCACGCAUGACCAAUUUUGGGAAUAUUACGAUACUCCCCAGUAUUUCCUGGUGUACUGUACAACAGGAUACGUAAUGACGGGAAUAGGGAAGAAGGUCAAUCCUUACACGACGGAAGCGCAUAUCGAAUGGAUCCAGUGCUGUCGUCUGGGCUUCGGCACGGUACCUAACAUCAUGCCCGCGCCACCACCCCUCGCCGACGACUAUUAUUAUCCCAGCAAUGUCUCCUCCUACAGCGGCGGGGAGGAGGCGCGUCCCAGUCGGCCCUAUACCGGCCUUGGAGGGACAUACGGCGCCGGAGCUAGCCAGGCCUCGGGGCGGUCGCUCUUCCAGGCGGAAGACGGGACGCUGGUGGAUAAGGGUGUUGAUUUACAGCACUGGGCCUCCAUCGACGGCAAGAUGAGCGCGCUCUGGCACAAGAAACAGGAGCUAUAGCAUCCAUACUGACUGACAGAUUAUUUUGAACAGCAGCGGCGAACUCCGCUUUCGGCGCCGGUGGAUGAUAUUGCGAUUGCGCUACCGAUUGUUGAUGGUUGAUUUUUCAUUGGAUUUUAUUUAAGUUUGAUAUCGUGAGUCUUGUUUUUCUACUGUGAUACUACACCAACGUCGUUCUAUGUUUAUCGUACUACGGUACUAGUACCAUGGCAUGCUAGUACUCUUGGUAUCAAAGAAUACUUCAGUUUUAAGCGAAAGUUUUAGUGUAUGUAUCCCAUUUUUUGCACUACGUACCGGGCCAUUUCCUUUAACGCAUACAGUCCGUGUGUAAUCAAUAAA